AUGAAGAGAACUUUGAUUGGAGUUUUUGUCUUAGUGGUUUUGUUUCUUUUGGUCUCUUACGUUAGAAACUUGCUACAGCUUGGACACAAGGUGAAGCAUGCGAUUUUUAUCUGUAAAUCUGGAUAAACUUGAAUUUUGUGACUUUUAUAUCGCGGGGCAGGUUCUGGUUGUGGUCUGUAACAACUUAUUUAUUGAGAUGAAGAUGAUGGAAGAACAGAUAGAUAAAAUAUUCUUACAGAAAUGCAAGGAUAAUAUUGUCUUUCUUUCGUUUCCAAACUCUGUAGGCUGGAACAAUGGAAAAAAGACAGAGGGCUAGUCAGCAGCAUUUUUCCGUUGAUUUGUUGGAAUUUUUUGAUGUAAAUGAUGCUUUGGAUGUUACUUGGGCUCAUGCAGUAAACAGCCAGUCCAACCUUCAGACAGCAUUAUCUACAGAGGUGAUUUUAAUAUAUAUUUACCUACCUUACAAAUAGAUUUCACUUUGCCAUGUGUCUGUUGAUGCCCUGCUCUGCCUGCUAGGUAUUAGAGGAUUUUCUCAUGUAUGUGUUGGGUGAGGGAGGGGGAUGAGAUGCUUCAGGGUUGGCGAGCGGGUCACAUGUCUUUGGCUGAGGGCUGAAGCCACAGGUGGUAAGGCACUCAGGGUGGUUUCUUCAGUAAUAUUUGAUCAAAGAUGAUAUCAAAAUGUGGUAAGAACAAAAAAAAGGCACACAAGCCACAGGAGUGUGUCAAUGAUGAUCUCAACACUUUUUGAAGCCUUCUGUGAUCUAUCACUGAACAGAAACAAGGCAAGAUGGAAUAUAUUCGUUUCAUACAAUGGAAAGAAAAGAACAUAGACAAACUUGCCUUGUGGUGCUUGAUUAUUAGAGGAUUUGUGCCAGGUUAGCCAUUUUCCACAUGACAAAUGUUAAGUUUCAUUUCAGCCUCUUUUCUUCUUUAUCAGUUUCUCCCAAGGGUUUUCCCAGGCCUUCAAUUGCUAAAAGCAGAAUAAUUAAAUGAACAUUCUCGUAACUGUCAGUCUUGCACAGUGAUGACAAAUAAUGACGACACUUUUUUUUGAAGAUUUUUUCCAGUUUAGGGAUUGGACUCUUUUUUUUCUAGUUUUGCCUUUUAUUUUUCUUGCUGAACUAUUUCAAGGCUUUUGCUUGCUUAAUCAGCAAUGAUUUCGCAAAAAAAAAAUUCAAAAUAAUGUUGCACACAAUGUUUAACAAAAUAAAGAAAGCAAGUUUCUGGUGAUGACAGCUGUGUGUCUUUACGCUAAAAGUUCAUGGACAAUGACCAAGCACAUUAUGUGUAGCAUUCUGUACAUUGUGAUUGCACAGUUUUCAAAAUGUACAGGCAAUGCCAGCCUAGUCUCUAACCAUUCUAGGCUCAGUCAAACCAAUACUCUAUACCCUGAGCUGUCAUGUCACUGAUAGAGACUCACAGACAAUGUGGCGAGAGAGAAUACAAGGACUAGGCUCGGCAAAUGCAAUAUCACUGUCUGCUGUCAUGGUUUUGCCAGUAGACAAUUCAAAGAUUACUUGGGUGUCACACACUCUGGAAAUAUGAUGGCAUCUGCACUCUUUUUUUCCUUGUGAUAGAUGGAUUUUUCUUGUUUUGGUUCUAAUGGUCUCUGUACCUUUCUUGUAGCUAUGGCUUAAAAGUUGAGCUUAUGUCUCAACAGUUAACUUAACUAUAAUGAGUGCAUGUAACUGUGUAAAACCUUCUAUAGGUCACACACUGUACAGCCGACUCUCUCUUAACAGACACCUCUGUAAAACGGACACCUGUGGUUGGUCCCUACCUUUGUUUACUCCCUUUAUUUGAAUCUCUUUAAAACGUACAUCUCUCUAAGACACCUUUAUAAGAUAGGAAUCUCUGUGAAGUAGAUACCUAGAGUUGGUCCCUACCUUUCUUUACUCGCUUUAUUUGACUCUCUGUAAGACAGACGUCUCUCUAACACAGACACUUACUGGCAACCCCAAAGGUGGAAAGUGCCCACCAACCCCUCUCCUAAGCCAACAUUUUGCCUUAAGUGAGAAGUAAGUGUUAAUGUUGGCUUAUGGGAGGGGUAGGUGGACAGUUUCCCAGAAACGUAUCAUGAUCCCAAAGGUGUCAGUCUUAGAUAGAGUUGACUGCAUUGACUUUCUCUAUAUCUUUUCUUGGAUCAAUUUAGGCUUCUGGGAAACUGCCCACCUACCCCUCCCCUAACCCAACAUUUUGCCCUAAGUGAGAAGUAAGUGUUAAUGUUGAGUUAGGGGAGGGACAGGUGGGCAAUUUCCUAGAAACCUAAAUUUAUCCCUCUUCUUUAGGUUAUGAUGUUAGAGGCGGAUGUAUCCCAGCAGGCUGAUGGAACUCCCAUCAUGGCGCAUCCACCAAGUACAGACAGUGAUCUCUCACUUGUGCAGUUUCUUAAAGGGGCUCUCAACUCACGCAAAGGUAUCAAACUGGAUUUCAAAUCCACAGAUGUUCUUGAACCCUCACUGAAAAUUCUUCUAGAACAAACCUCACAACAAGAAGCCGUUAAUCCAAUAUGGUUGAAUGCAGAUAUCUUGCCUGGCCCUUGCAAAAGUGAUUGUAGUCCUGUCAAUCCAGGGGUGUUCUUUUCACUUUGUACCAAGUAUUUUCCAUCAGCUACUCUCUCUGUUGGCUGGACCACUCAUUCGUUUAUUUCUGUUGAAAAUGACUAUUAUGAAUGGCGUUUUGUUCAGCCAAUGAAAGACUUGCUCUCCAGUGUCACUCAGCCAGUCACUUUCCCAGUUAGAGCUAAUAUGAUUGGCAAGUCAAUGGAACAGAUGAUCUGGCUUUUGAGUCUCUCCAGUAACUACAGCCUAACAGUGUGGUCAGCAUUUUUCGAUAAGCCCAAUAUUAAGGACUUAGUUGUUCUACAAAAUAAAGUGUCCAAUAGCAAAAAGAUCUUUUAUGAUCUCCCUUCAGAUCAGAAAGCCAAAUUUAUGGAAGAACUAAAGGUAAAGAAGACACUAUAA